CAUUCUCAAAAUUAUUAUUAAGAGUCAUACCAACUCAAGUCUCCACUUAGAUCAUUCCCUUUUACAAGUUUCCUAACUAUAGAGCUUUUCUCUACCCCAUUUUUUUUUUUUCACUCAAACACUUCAUCUUUUUGUUCUUCUUAUAGCCUAGAUCCUUCCAUUCAUUUCAUUUCUCAAGCUAACAGAAAAUCAAACAUUUGUUGUUUAGUAACUCAGAGACAUGGCCAUGACAGCAUGUAACUAUGUUUUGGUCGUACUACUUUUGGUUAUUAACCUUAUAAUUUUAGCAAAUUGUGCUGUUGAUGAUGAUUUGGGAUUUGGAGCUUCCUAUAUUUUUGGAGAUUCUUUAGUAGAUGCCGGAAAUAAUAAUUAUUUACAAACUUUAUCAAAGGCUAAUAUUGCACCUAAUGGCAUAGAUUUUAAAGCUUCUGGAGGGAACCCUACUGGUCGUUACACUAAUGGAAGAACCAUAGGUGACAUUGUUGGAGAGGGAUUGGGACAGCCCCAUUAUGCCACUCCAUAUUUAGCUCCAAAUUGCACAGGAAGAACUAUAUUAUAUGGAGUGAAUUAUGCGUCAGGAGGAGGUGGAAUUAUGAAUGCUACAGGAAGAAUAUUUGUAAAUAGACUAUCUAUGGACAUCCAAAUUGAUUAUUUCACCAUAACAAGAAAAGAGAUCGACAAGUUGUUGGGUCAAUCUAAGGCCAGGAAUUAUGUGAUGCAAAAAUCAAUUUUCUCAAUAACCAUAGGGUCCAAUGAUUUUCUCAACAAUUACCUUCUCCCUGUACUCUCUGUUGGUACAAGAAUUACUGAAUCCCCCGACGCCUUCAUUGAUGAUCUUCUCAGUCACUUAAGAGCACAACUUACGAGAUUGUACAAGUUGGAUGCAAGGAAAUUUAUCAUUGGUAACGUUGGGCCAAUUGGUUGCAUCCCUUACCAAAAGACAAUUAACCAGUUGAAGGAAAACGAAUGUGUGGAAUUAGCAAACAAGUUAGCACUUCAAUACAAUGCUCGAUUGAAAGAUAUGUUGGUUCAACUGAACAAAGAACUCGUUGGAGCAACUUUUGUACAUGCAAAUGUUUACGAUCUUGUCAUGGAACUCAUCACCAAUUAUGACAAAUAUGGAUUUGUAACUGCGACGAAAGCAUGCUGUGGAAAUGGAGGGCAAUUUGCUGGGAUAAUUCCAUGUGGACCAACAUCUAGUAUGUGUUCGGAUCGUGACAAACAUGUAUUCUGGGAUCCUUAUCAUCCAAGUGAAGCUGCUAAUCUUAUAAUUGCCAAACAGUUGCUGGAGGGUGACCCCAAAUAUAUAUCUCCAAUGAAUCUUAAACAACUUCGAGAUCUCUAAAUGUAUUUUUUUGGUCUUUUUUCCACAUUUUAUUAUCUUGUAUUCUCUCAAAUUAUCCUUUGUUUAUUUUACUUAUAUGAUUGUUUUACUCUACGAGGUUUCUUUUGAUUAAUUAAAUAUAUUGUGGAAGACAAUUGUGAAGGAAAGUUCUCUGUUUUCC